GUUAAUUUUUUUCUUUCCUGUUUUUCCCUUCCUGACCAUCUAGCUACCGUUUUCUUUGUCUUACUUCUUAAUUUCGCAAAAUUCAUGCUAUGAAUAAUUCAUAACAGCCAGGCGGGCCAAUGGCUGGAAUUGACUGCUUGAUUAUUUACGUGGUGAUGAUCAUUGAUGGCUACUCGUCCAGCUGCGCUGAGACUGAUGAUUGGAGACGCUCGCCAUGAAAUUCGUUACGGUCUUUUUUCUACUGAGCUUACCUGGCGUAGCUCGAACUUCACUAUUAUAUGCUCGACAAGAUGGUCCAAGUGGAAACUUCUCGGUAGCUCUGCCAUUGCCAAGCCCGAGCAGCCAGACGGAGCCCUCGGCACCUUCAUUGGUAGCCACUUCGUUAAGCACCACCAAGAAGGAGCGCGGCCUACGAGGUCCUGACGGUAUCGGUCCUCAGGGUCCACCACCUGAGCCCGCUCCUGGAAGUCCGACUUCCCCAGUGGAAUUACCACCACUGGCAGAGGAUACCGCUCAGCCAGCAGCGACAUCGACUAUUGUUGAUGUGGAAACUGUGCGCAGUACGACGACACUUAUUCUUGAUUUACCAACUACUCCAACUACAGUAGCUUUGCCCGACACUUCAUCGGCCCAGUUUACGACUAUCGUUACGACAAAUUCUCAGUCGGCAGAAUUAUCCUCGCCGACCACUUUCCUUACGUCUAAAAGCGCACCCAGUGUUACUAGCCCAACGCUGAGCGAAGAUUCUAAAAUAACAGCUAUUGCGCCAAAUUCUAACACAGUUUCCUCAACUACUGGAGCAGUCACGAUGAGCAGUUCUACUCCAGCUCCUAGCGAUGCCAGCUCGAAUGAUAGCGGGAGCGGAACUUCAACAUCAACCAUUGUACUUAGUACGGUCCUGAGCAUCGCAGGUGUAGUUCUGAUUGCAGUGGCGGCCUAUUUAUGCACCGGGGAUCGACGGAGAAGGUUACCAAUGUUUAACAGAGGCAUCACACCGAUCGGAGACGAUGAGAUAGCAACAUGGAAGUCAAACCGGUCGGCGGAGAAGGCCAACAGAUAUACGACUCGGCCGACUCACUCGCAGAACGGAUCGACAUCGACAUCUACGAGAGGAGCGCCAAGCCUAAUCCAAUAUCAAAACGGUGCACGGCCGUCGCUCGAAGUUGUAUCUCCCAGAUCGUUCCUUGGCGACAAGAACAGUUUUGACCUACCGCAAAUUCCCGGAGCUGUGUUGGCACGGGCACCUAACGCACGGUCUGGUCUUACGGACGAGACGGUUCCUGGCGACGACCCAUUCCUGCCAAGCCCGAGACGACAUCCGUCGAGAUUGCAUAAGCUCCCGUCAAACUCUUCAUCCCCGAAUAUUCGGAAAGGAUCGCGGAGUGACAGUCUGAGAAGUUUUUCUGAGCCUUCAUGGCGGGAUAGUGCGGUAGAGACAUCGUCUCUUAGGGGUUCGAGUGAUGGCUAUGCGCGAAGCCAUCGCAUCUACUCGAAUUCGCCACUUCCACCGCCGCCAAGGCUAUCGUUCGGUGAAAACGAACAAUUUACGGGCUUAUCGCCGCCUCCGUCGCGGCGGGGCGAAAACACAAUCGGAUUGGCUGUAGGUUGAGAAUUGUGAUCUACCAUGCAUUUCGAUAUUCAAAUUCCCACCCCG